UUUUAAAAAGACUGCUUAAAUCUCUUCAUCUCAGGUUUCUUCUUUGUUUUGCUGCGUCGGGAGAAACGCGUUACAGGCCACUCGUUAGAAAGCGAACUCAUUAACUAGGGCAGAUGCGUCUGGCGUAGCGUGGGGCUGAGACGCCCAAAUAUAGAGCAGCAAACGUUUGGAAUUACAAUCACUUCCUACCGCUUGGAAAAUCUGAAACUGGCCACAGAGAAGCCCGUUUCGAUAGGCCACGACCUCACAUCGGGACUUUAACGAAACCAAAAACAAAGUGUGUAUGGAGCAGUGUGAGAAUGCCGCAUCUCUCCUGGCCUCCGUGCGAGAGCAGGAGAUGCAGUUCGAGCGUCUGACUCGAGCUCUGGAGGAGGAGAGGAGGAGCGUGGGGCCCUCCGGUACCCUACCCCGCCCCCUCCCCACCCUGCAGAACGGCCGUGUCACUGGUGAUGCAGAGUUAGAACGGCUCAAAUUAAGUGAGGGAUACAUAAACGGGACUCAGUACAGGAUGUUGGACCCUGGUCAUAUUGUUGAGUCGGUCACAGUGGAGGAGGACCCCCAUGAGUCGAUGCCAAUUAUUUCAGUUGAAACCGGCGAUGAUGGCACCACACGUCGCACUGAGACAAAAGUAAAGAAGAUCACAAAGAUGACUACCACGCGAACAGUCAUUCCCUCAGUCUCUGACACACUUUCCCUUGAUGGGACUGGUUCAGUCACUGGGAUACCUGGUUGUAAUACCCCAAUGGACCGUGUUUAUAGGCCACCGGGUGGCCCCAUGGACUACCCCACUGCGACUGUCCCCCGUAACUACCACUAUGGACCACCAGGCUAUGAUGAUUUCCGCAGCUACCCUUCUUCUGAAGCCUACGCCAGUCUCAACCGAGGGAUACGAAUGGAUGACCGCUACAGGCCAGUGGAUGCCUAUCGCACGAUGGACUCCGCCUAUCGGACACACAGCCGGCCGCAUGACCCAUACACAGCCCAGCCCCAGGUAGGACGUAUGGGCAGUGCUAUGGAGAUCUCUGGCAUGCAGCGAUUUGUACCAGAGCCAUAUGGCCUGGAGGAUGAUCAGAGGAGCCUUGGAUACGACGAACCCGAUUAUGGCAUGGGACCAGCCAUGCAUUACAGCACAAUGCCCCGGUUGGCACAAGCACACCAUGCCCCACCUCCACGCCGGACAGGGUCAUAUGAGGGCACACUGGAUGGUGAUAUGAGUGGAGCUGGUGAUGUGUAUUAUUGGGGAGGAGGAGCUCCGCUGGCCCAGGGAGAGAGAGGCAGCAUGGCAUCAUUGGACAGCACUCUUCGUAAAGGCCCCCCCCCAUCAUGGAGGCAGCCGGAGCUUCCUGAAGUCAUCGCUAUGCUCAACUACCGCCUGGACCCUGUCAAAAGCAACGCUGCAGCGUUCUUGCAACAUCUCACUUUUAAGAACGAUAAGGUGAAGUCAGAAGUAAGACGACUGAAGGGGAUCCCUGCCCUCGUGUCCAUGCUGGAUAACCCAAAGAAGGAGGUGCAUUACGCAGCAUGCGGAGCACUCAAGAACAUCUCAUACGGACGAGAUCCAGAUAACAAGAUAGCAAUCAAGAACUGUGAUGGAAUUCCCGGGCUGGUGCGGCUACUGAGGAAGACGAGAGAUCAGGACCUUACUGACACCAUAACAGGCAAGCUGUGGAACCUGUCGUCUCACGACUCUGUAAAGAUGGAGAUCGUGGACCACGCGCUGCAUGCCCUGUCCGAUGAGGUGAUGGUUCCUCACUCGGGCUGGGAGAGGGGGAACGAAGGGGGAGAGGAGAGCUGCAAACCCAGACACUUGGAGUGGGAGACGGCGCUCACCAACACCACCGGCUGCUUAAGGAAUGUGAGCUCGGAGCGGAGCGAGGCCAGGAGGAAGCUGAGGGAGUGCUCUGGACUGGUCGACUCGCUCAUGUACAUCGUCCAGUCACAGAUCAACUGUAAAGAUGUGGACAACAAGCUAAUUGAGAACAGCGUGUGUCUGCUGAGGAAUCUGUCCUAUCAGGUGCAUCGGGAGAUACCAGGCUCUGAGCGCUAUCAGGAGACGAUUCCUGUCAAUCAAGGCCCCGCCCCUUCCCAAAAGGGCGGCUGCUUCAGCUCCCGAAAGGGCAAAGACGAGUGGUUUUCCAAAGGAAAAAAAGAGGAUGAUGGAACAUCAGAUACCAUUGACAUUCCAAAGAGAAGCACACCAGCCAAAGGUUAUGAGUUGCUGUUCCAGCCAGAGGUGGUGCGUGUCUACACUUCUCUCCUGAAAGAGAGCAAGAACCCCUCGGUUCUCGAAGCGGCGGCGGGGGCCGUGCAGAACCUGUGUGCGGGCCGCUGGCAGUAUGGGCGGUACAUCAGAGCAGUGUUUAGACAGGAGCAUGGCCUGCCGAUGAUGACUGAGCUGUUGUCUCAUGGGAACGACCGUGUGGUCAGAGCCAUGUCCGGAGCCUUGAGAAACCUGGCCAUUGAUGCUCGCAACCGUGAGCUGCUAGGGAAGCAUGCAGUGCCUAACUUGGUGGCCAAUCUGCCAGGCGGUGGUCAGAGUCAGCCUGCACGCGCGCUCUCAGAGGAGACGGUGGUGUCUGUUCUCAGCACUAUGACGGAGGUGGUCGGCUCCAGCGCGGAUGCUGCCAAAACCCUGCGCAGCUCCCAGGGCAUCGAGAGACUGGUGCUCAUCAACAAAGACAGCAACCGUUCAGAUCGGGAGGUGCGUGGUGCUGGGCAGGUGCUGCAGAUCGUGUGGGGCUUCAAAGAGCUCCGCCGCACACUGGAGAAAGACGGCUGGAAGAAAACAACAGACUUCAUGGUGAACCUAACCCCCCUCAACACCCGCAGCAACGGAGGAUACGAGGACAGCACCCUGCCGCUAAUAGACCGGGGGGGCAAACAGGACCGAGACAGAGACAUGAUUCCUCUUAAUGACAUGGGACCAGAUGCUUACUCUACACUAGACCAGAGAGGAACGGAGAAAGAAAAGAAAACAACUUUAGAUGACACUCUGGAUCGAUCUGACAGAGAGGCACCUCAGGGAGGAAUGUAUGGGGAGAGGCGGGGCUCUUUGCCUCUGCUGGACUCUUAUGAUGGUUAGGCCACUCCCCCUCCCCCUCACUCAGUGCAUGAGCACGCAUG